UUAAAUUUAGCUUAAUGUACAAAAAAGUUGUUGUUGUUAUAACUGACCAUGGAUCCGGCUCAGGAGGGGCUUAGUCCUUUUUUGAUAUUCCUUUGCAUUGAGAUAACUAUUGGCUUCGUUGUGCCCGUUGGCUACUGCUUCGGUGUGCUGAAUGCGAUACAGAAAGUUAUUAAGGAGUGGGCGAAGGAGACCGCCAGCCAGCGUUACUCCUCCUCCUUUGGUGAGUCAGAAUUGACUUUGGUGUUUGCCAGCGUAGCAGCAAUUUUUCAGAUUGGCGGCAUUAUUGGCUCGCUGCUGGGUCCGCUAUGCAAUAAGAAACUGGGCAGACGCAACACUUUGCUGUUGGCUGCACUCGUAUAUGUGAUUUCUGCAAUCAGCCAUUUUGUAUGUCGCUAUGCCAUGUUGCUGGAGCUGCUGUGGCUGGGGCGUUUGCUGGUGGGCGUGGCAGCUGGUUUUGUUUAUACCACACAGCCCACCUAUUUGAUGGAGGUGGCGCCACCGCAUCUGAGCGGCAGUGUGGGUGUCUUUACAUGCAUUGGCAUUGCCUUUGGCAUAUGGAUGGGCCAGCUGUUUAGCUUUGAUUUCUUCUGGGGCACUGAGCGGUAUUGGCACCUAGCCGCGGCUGGAUAUUUAAUAUUUGUGAUAAUUGGAAUAUUGCCCAUGUAUUGGUUUCCGGAGACGCCACGUAUGCUCAUUGUCAACGGGAAGAGAGAAGAGGCAAAAGCAGCGCUGUUGCGGCUGCGCAGUAACAAGGAUGCUGUGGAUAAGGAGUUGGCUUCCAUUGAAGCAGCUGUCAAGUCAGCUGUGGAGCCCGUGGGCAUGAUUGAACUGCUGCGCGAUAAAAAGUUCUCAAUAUCCAUGCUUAUAGUCUGUGGCUUUCAUUUCGUGCAACAAGGCAGUGGCAUUGGUCCAGUCUGGUACUACUCAGUAGCAAUCUUCUUAAGUGCCGGUUUUGAUUUGAAGACAUCGCUGUGGUUAAAUUUUGCAGAAGGCGGGCUCGGUUUUGUCAGCAGCUUGAUAUUGCCCUGUGUAAUACCAAAACUCGAUAGACGCAUCCUAAUGUCCGUUUCCUGUCUUGUGUGCUGCUUGGUGCUAACGCUGCUAGCAUUUGGUUUGGCUUUCAUGAGCGCUGCCAAGUGGAUUGCGUUUGCCUGCAUUAUUGUUUUCUCACUGUUUAUUAUCGCUUUCAAUAUGGGACUAGGACCUAUACCGUAUUUUAUAGGUGCAGAGAUCUCUGAGGUGCCACCACGAGCUUCUUUAAUGGGCUGGGGCGGUCUAACAAAUUGCGCUGUGAAUUUUGUAAUGGUGCUUAUUUUUCCGCUUAUAAACGAUGCCAUUGGCCCAUAUGCAUUUCUUCCUUUGGCUGCAAUUUGUCCUUUAGGAUUUCUAAUCACACUCUUCUUUUUGCCUGAAACUAGAAACAAAGUUCCCGAAGAAGUGGCGCCGCUGCUGCAGGAUGGCUGCAAGUCAAAAGUCUGGCCAAAACCGAAGAGCUGAUUUUCAUUUCUUGGCAACGCGGAUGUUCAAUGACGCAUUUUGUUUUUAACAGUGCUGACUUGCCUUUUAACAGCUAUUUUUUUCUGUUAAAAAGAAAGGUUAACACUGUUAUAAAGCGGGUGCAAUACUUUGCUAUCAUUUGUUUGCUGGUUUGUAACUUGGAUAAACCCAAUGCAAAUUAUUACGCAUACGCAGUGUUGAAAAUUUGAAUGCUCAUCAAAUUAACAAAAUAUAUAUAUAUAUA